AUGGCGGAAGUUCCACUUUUGAAUGAAGUUUGUUUACCAACUUAUCGGAGUAGACGGAAGAUGCUUUUACAGAGAACUUCCAAUCCUAAGGAAAAAUCUUCUGAUUGCAUAUUGAGAAGUCAACCUAACGAGCACUCUUCCCUUAAGGAAAAGCUUUCUAGUUGUUUGUCAUCUAAUAUGGUUCGCAGAUGGUUUAUUUUUGAAUGGUUUUAUAGUGCAAUCGAUUAUCCAUGGUUUGCCAAAAGGGAAUUGAUGGAAUACUUAAAUCAUGUUGGACUAGGGAGUAUCCCAAGGUUAACCCGCGUUGAGUGGAGUGUUGUAAGAGGUUCCCUUGGUAAACCUCGGCGGCUUUCUGACCAUUUUCUUCGUGAUGAACGGCAAAAACUUGAACAGUAUCGGGAAUCAGUGAGAAAGCAUUAUGCUGAACUGCGAACUGGUAUUAGGGAUGGGCUUCCAACUGAUUUAGCUAGACCAUUAUAUGUUGGACAGCGAGUAAUUGCUGUUCAUCCAAAAACAAGAGAGAUUCAUGAUGGUAGCGUGCUUACCGUUGAUUAUGACAAGUGCAGGAUUCAGUUUGACCGUCCUGAAUUAGGCGUUGAGUUUGUAAUGGACAUUGAUUGUAUGCCUUUCAAUCCAUUAGAUAAUAUUCCAGAAGCUCUGAGGGGGCACAUUGGUGCCGGAAAAAAUUCUUUUAUGCCUAUAGAGCCACAGAUUAAUGGAAGUUCAAAUUUUGGGGGGUGCGAAUAUCAUACCUCUCCUGUGAAGGCAAAGGUUGCUACGAUGGAUAACUUCUGUGCACAAGCAGGAUGUGCUCAACCGUGUAAAGUGACACACCAUCAAGCUAAGGAAGCUGAUAUACAUGCACUUACUGAACUAAAGCGGGCUCUAGAUAAAAAGGAGUCACUGUUGAUGGAGCUUCGAAUUUCAAAUAGCCAUGUACUUGAAAACCCAAAUGGCAUAGAAUGCUUAAAAGAUUCUGAGGUUUUCAAGAAGCAUUAUGCCACGGUUUCUGAUGCUAUGUUACAACUGAGGCAGCGCAAUACCUACCGAGGAAACUCUCUGCCACCAUGGAUGAAGCCGCAAGCAAGUUUCAAUGUUAAUGAGGAUCUUCCCAGUAUGUUGGAGGGUUCUCUAACACAAGAGUUAGGAUCAACUGUUAUUCAAAUUAUUAAAGGAUCCAGGCUAAGGGCACAUGCAAUGGUAGAUGCUGCAUUUAAGGCAUUGUCUUUGACAAAGGGAGGUGAAGAUGCAUUCGUCAAGAUUGGGCAAGCAUUGGAUUCUAUUAAUCAUCCGCAGUUGCCCUCCAAGUCUAGGUUACCUGUGAUCAGGUCACAAGAGCAAGUAAAUGCAAAUGGCAGUUUAUAUCAUCUUAAUCAUUCAACUUGCAGUGUAUCAGAGUCUAUACGUAAUGAUCCAUCUGGUCCAAAACUACAUAAUUAUUCUGACAAAUUAGAUACUGAACUUCCGUCAGAUCUUAUCACUUCAUGUGUUGCUACAUUAAUCAUGAUUCAGACUUGUACUGAACGGCAAUACCCUCCAGCUGAUGUGGCUCAGAUAUUAGAUUCUGCCGUUAGAAGCCUGCAUCCAAGCUGUCCUCAAAACCUUCCUAUUUAUAGAGAAAUUCAAAUGUGCAUGGGAAGAAUCAAAACACAGAUUUUAGCUCUCAUCCCUACAUGA